AUGGCGGCGGACGGUCUCAUCUGUGAGGGAGACCACCUGGUCCUCGACGUCAAUGGUGAAAAACUGUCGAUUGUCCAAAAGCUUAAGGCUACAGGCAAAAUUCGGGUAGGCAAGUUCCUGGUGCCUGCUGCGCCUCUCAUUGGCGCACCGUAUGGCGCUCUAUUUGAGGUUACCAACGACGGAAGGUCCUUGCAGCGUGUCCUCUUGCCACCCGCCGACGAAAUUACGCGCAUCGCCGAGACCGAGAAGAACAACAGCGACCUGUUUGACCGUAACACUGAGAACCAGAAGCUAACGCAGGAACAGAUUGAGGAGCUCAAAAAGUCAGGAAAGGCCGGUGCUGAAAUCAUUCAGGCGCUCUGUAGCAACAGCGCGACCUUUCAGAACAAGACAGAGUUCUCCCAGGACAAGUACAAGAAGCGGAAGGCCAAAAAGUACCUGACAUACCUCACCGUCCGGGAGCCCUGCGCGAGGAUUCUCUGCGAGGCCUACUACGACAAGGCGCCUGAGCGGGUCUACAACUUGCGUCACGACAGUCUGGCCGUGAUGAUGUCACUGGCGAAUGUAGCAGCAGGAGCCAAGGUUCUUGUGGCUGAGCAGUGCAUGGGCGUGCUGACCGCAGCAGCCGUGGAGCGGCUAGGAGGAGUGGGCGCCGUGUGCGGACUGCAAGUAGACGACAGGCCGGCUCCCCUGGACGCUGUACGGCAGAUGAAUCUGUCGGUUGCUCAGCGUUCCGUUCUCUUCACGGCACCGGCGGGCAGCUUGCUGCGUGACAAGGAGGCAGCGGUGAGGGGUCAGCUGUUCAGGAAUAGCGGCAGUGACGUAGCUGCAAACGGGAAGCGUAACGAACCGCAGGAAGAUAAGCCGGCAGCGGAGGAGGAGCAGCAGCAGCAGCAGCCACCGGUUACAGCUGCUGACGAGACCCCGCCGCCGAGGGCAGCCGCCGCUGCUACGGCUACGGCAGUGGAGGCAGCUACAUCCGCUGAAGGCGGUGCUGAAGGUGAUGGUGGGACAGCGGAGGCGAUGGAGGUCGACGAGAGGCCGGUCGACCAGCCUGUCUCUACUUCAGCAGCUGGAGACGGGGAUGCACCGGUGGCAGUGACAGGAUUGUUUCUGGUGACUGAGAAUGCGUUGCUUGUGGAGGAGGCAGCAGCAGCGGCGGCGGCGGCACGGACUGGCAGCGGCGGUGAGGUGGCGGAGGAAGCGGUGGGAAGGCCGCCGGCUGCGAAGGAGGAGCAGGUGGAUGUGGGGGGGGAACCCCGGCAGCGCCGUGGCGGCGGCGGCGGCGGCGGUGGCGGCGGCUACGGGGCCUUCCUUCCUCGGCCCGAGCAUCUACGUGCCGUACUGACGUCGGGCUUCGAUAGCUGUCUGGUGGCGCUGCCCCGCGUGCAUCCAACCGCGCUGCUGGCGGCUGUGUGGCCCUUGCUGGCGCCGUCAGCCACCUUUGCCGUUUUCUCCCCCUGGGCCCAACCUCUGGCGGAAGCCAUGUCUCACCUGCAGACCAGCCGUAACGCGGUAUUGCUGCAGCUGCAGGAAAGCUGGCUGCGGCCGUACCAGGUGCUUCCCUCGCGGACCCACCCACACAUGACGUGCUCCGGAACCGGUGGUUACGUUCUCUCUGGCAUCAAGAUCAUACCUCCGGACGCGACCCCCCUGGAGCUCCAACUGCAGUUCCUGUACCAGUCACAAACGUUGCCGAGCUCUCAAAAUCAACAGCCAUCUAUUGGGUUAGGGAAAGGGAAAGAAGAAGGACCGACAGAGGUCCGGAAGGAAGAAGGGCAAGAUGGGGGGGGCCUUGGGGCUGAUGGCAAGGCGGAGGCGAAGGCUGCUGCUGAGGAGGAGGAGGAGCAGAAUGAGGAGCAGGCUGGAGAAGGCGAGUCACCAGGAGGCGGCCGUGGUGGAGGCGGCGAUUGGAAACGCCGGGGACGUGGGCGCGGUGGGAGGGGUUUCGACGGCGGCUGGCGGGGCCGUGGCGGUGGCGGUGGCCGGGGACGGUGGCGCGACGACCGCGACAACGGAGGAGGAGGGCGAGGAGGAGGCGCGAAGCGCAAGGCCGAAGGGAAUGGUUCUUGGGGAUCUCCAGCUGGCAAGCGCCAGGCCACGUAG